AGUUUGCGCAUGCGCCAACCCAGCUGCCGUUUCCUUUUUCUGUUUUGCAGCUCCUGACUCGGCGCCAUAUUGUCUGGGCAAAUAGUCAUCCGUUGUUGAGGCCUCUGUGUCCGUGAAAUCGAAAAAAAAAAAAUGCUGUACUUGGAGGAUUAUCUGGAGAUGAUCGAGCAGCUUCCCAUGGAUCUGCGCGACAGGUUCACGGAAAUGCGCGAGAUGGACUUGCAGGUGCAGAAUGCCAUGGACCAAUUAGAACAAAGGGUUGGAGAGUUUUUCAUGAAUGCUAAGAAAAAUAAACCUGAAUGGAGGGAGGAACAAAUGUCUUCUAUCAAAAAAGAUUAUUUCAAAGCUUUGGAAGAUGCUGAUGAGAAAGUUCAACUUGCAAAUCAAAUUUAUGACUUGGUGGAUCGUCAUUUAAGGAAAUUAGACCAAGAACUUGCUAAAUUCAAAAUGGAAUUAGAGGCCGACAAUGCAGGGAUUACAGAAAUAUUGGAAAGAAGAUCAUUGGAAUUAGACACUCCAUCACAGCCUGUGAAUAAUCACCAUGUUCAUUCUCAUUCCUCAGGAGAGAAGCGGAAACACAAUCCAUCAUCUCAUCAUUCUACAACAGAUCAUGUACCAGAGAAAAAGUUCAAAUCUGAAGCAUUGUUGUCAACUCUAACUUCAGAUGCUUCAAAAGAGAACACCGCAGGUUGUAGAAAUAAUCUGUCUUCGUCUUCUACCAACAAUGUCUACAAUGUGAAUUCUUCACAGCCAUUGACCUCGUAUAAUAUAAGUUCCCUUUCCACUGGAGCUGGGGCAGGUGCAAUUACCAUGGCAGCAGCUCAGGCAGUUCAAGCAACUGCACAGAUGAAAGAAGGCAGAAGAACCUCCAGCCUAAAAGCCAGCUAUGAAGCAUUUAAAAACAAUGACUUUCAGCUUGGGAUCUCCUUGUCUAGAGAUUCAGCUAGCUAUUCAUCUUCAGCAUUGGCAUCAACAUUAACCCAGACAUUAACAUCAACUGCAACCACAGAUUCAAGAAGUGGAAGAAAAAGCAAGAGCAACAACAAAUCUGCGGGCCAGCAGUCUUCCUCUUUGUCGUCUUCCUCUUCUCUCUCAUCAUGCUCUUCAUCAUCUGCUCUAGCACUUGAAUUGUCUCAUCAGCAAACUGCUGCUAUUCCAGAGUCUGAUACUAACAGCCAGGUUGACUGGACUUAUGAUCCUAAUGAGCCUCGUUAUUGUAUCUGCAAUCAGGUAUCAUAUGGCGAAAUGGUAGGCUGUGACAACCAAGAUUGCCCAAUCGAAUGGUUUCAUUAUGGAUGUGUUGGGUUAUCAGAAGCUCCAAAAGGCAAAUGGUAUUGCCCCCAGUGUACAGCUGCAAUGAAGAGAAGAGGCAGUAGACAUAAAUAACAUUCCUAGUAUUGUUUCAAAAUGAACUUUAAAUAUACAGAGUACACCCAUUCUGUCUUGCCUGACAAGUAAACUGCCAUUCAUGUUCCAUGUUGCUUGUUUUCAUGUAACAUCCAUUAAGCACCACAAUAUCAAUGGUGAUGACCACCAUCACAAGUUAGUAACUACACUGGGCAUUAUUAAUACAUUUUGUCCUUAUAGGAUUUCAAUACAUUUUUUAUUUUGUGAAUAUUAUAUAUUAAAAAGGUGUCGCUUACACGGAAUUCCAGGCUGUUACAUAUCUAAAUAUAAAAAUGUUAAAUCUCUACUGCAAAAUGCUGACUUGUAAUUUGUAAGCUACCAAUCUGCAUCCUUCAGAAACAUUUCAGCUGGCUGAAAAAAAGUAUACCUAGUCUGCUGGCCUGGUGUCCAAGUGUUUGGAUAAAUGUAAAUUCAAUCUACUUUAUGUAAGGUUUAAACCAGUAAUGUUAGUACUUGUAUUUUGCUACACAAAAGUGUGUGUAGUCUUGUAUUAAUGUGAAGGGUUUUGUACCAAAUGUUACUUUUCUGUGCAAGUAGUUCUUUAUAUAGUAAAACUACUAGACAAUAAAGGACUAGCACUACCAUA